AUGGCCGAAACAACUAAAUCGACACACGGUCGGCCAGAUCCGGGCCUAUUGUGCGCCGUUUUGGCACUAAUGGUGGUGGCUAGAUCUAGCCACCACCCUUGGCCGGGUGAAGUGGCACGUGGCAAAAAAAACGGCCUUGAUUACCUGUUCCAUCUCUAUGAGCAAUGCCGUGAUUUCUUGAUCCAAGUCCAGAACAUCGCCAAGGAGCGUGGCGAAAAAUGCCCAACCAAGGUGACAAAUCAGGUGUUUAGGUAUGCAAAGAAGGCUGGUGCAAGCUACAUUAACAAGCCAAAGAUGAGACACUAUGUGCACUGCUAUGCGUUGCACUGCCUGGACGAGGAGGCAUCAGAUGCACUGAGGAGGGUUUUCAAGGAAAGAGGAGAGAACGUGGGGGCUUGGAGACAGGCUUGUUAUAAGCCACUUGUGGGCAUUGCAGCACGGCAAGGCUGGGAUAUUGAUGCCAUUUUCAAUGCGCAUCCUCGUCUGGCCAUUUGGUACGUGCCCACGAAGCUGCGUCAACUUUGUCAUGCUGAGCGCAAUAGUGUCGCUGCUUCUAGCUCUGUGUCUGGCGGGGCUGAUCAACUGCCUUUCUAAAUUAAAGCCUCACUGAAUGACCGAUUUGCCUAGUGAUUAAUCGUAUUUAUGGUGUCUGUUAGCGGAGUGUUUAUUCGUGAAUGUUUGUAAUCUCACUUCAUUUAGACUUAUAGCAACUAAUUAAUCAGAG